ACACCGCUCUGGGCGGCUCAUGACGUCUACAGCAAUCAGCGGCGGCUUCUGGGCAGUAACGUUAGUAUCUAAAGGAACAAGCAGCGAUGACUCUCAUCAAGGAGUACCGUGUGGUUUUACCCUGCAGUGUUGAGGAGUAUCAAGUCGGACAGCUGUUCUCGGUGGCUGAAGCAAGUAAAAAUGAGACGGGUGGUGGUGAGGGAAUUGAGGUACUCAAGAAUGAGCCCUAUGAAAAAGACGGGGAGAAAGGACAAUACACACACAAAAUCUACCACAUAAAGAGUAAAGUCCCAGGGUUUGUCAAACUGUUUGCCCCUGAAGGCUCCCUGGUAUUCCAUGAAAAAGCCUGGAAUGCCUACCCCUACUGCAGAACCAUUGUGACGAAUGAGUAUAUGAAAGACAAUUUCUUCAUUAAGAUUGAGACGUGGCACAAACCAGACCUUGGAACACAAGAAAAUGUGCACAAACUAGACAGUUCCACGUGGCAGAAUGUAACGGUUGUGCCCAUUGACAUUGCAGACAGAAGUCAAGUGUCCAAUGCUGACUACAAACAAGAUGAGGACCCUGCCAAGUUCAAGUCAGCUAAGACUGGAAGAGGACCCCUUGGGCCCACCUGGAAGAAAGAGCUGGUUAGUAAGACUGACUGCCCAAGGAUGUGUGCCUACAAACUGGUCACAGUCAAAUUCAAGUGGUGGGGCCUGCAGACCAAAGUGGAGAACUUCAUCCAUGAGCAAGAGAAGAGGAUCUUCACUAACUUCCACCGCCAGCUCUUUUGUUGGAUUGAUAAGUGGGUGGAGCUGACAAUGGAGGAUAUCAGGCGGAUGGAGGCGGAGACACAGAGGGAGCUGGAAGAGCUUCGCAGACGGGGAGCAGUACGAGGAACCACUGCUGCAGACAAAUGAAAAGGCAAAGAAUUUUAAACGCCUACAACGACAGCUAAGAGGACUCCUUCGGUGCCUCUAUUUUACCAGAACGGAUUGUGUGCAGUGGUGGGGGAGCUCUGCUACCUGCAAUCGAUAGAACAGAUCCCUGACUUGCAUCCAAUCAUAGACAUUCUAUACACUGAGGAAUUGAUUUCUAGAAACCAACACGAUCCUAGCUGAUAAGACUGGUUCAGUUUGAUCUCCUGGGCAGAGAAAGGCCAGCUAUCAGCAUCAUGUUAUUGACAAGACCUAGCCUGCUGGAGAGAUAUGAAGACGAGCAUCUUGCAGUAGAAAUACUUUUUUACAAAAGCAAAUUCAUUGACUUGAUUCCACAGUGGCAGGUGUUGGACCCAAUAUUUCUUCUGUCAUAUUUAGAUUUUCCUGUUCCUGCAUAACAUUCCUCUUAAGAUGAUGUCCUGUCCGAUCUCUCUUUGUCUCCUCCUUGGUCAUAACUGUACACAUUGUGGCUCAGUGGUUUGCAUUCCCGGCAUGAGUCUGUCAUACUCAUGUUCCUUCCUGCCACAUCCUCCAUUUAGAGAUUACUAACACCCUUGGCCCGUUGUAAUCCUUCCCCCAUCACCCCACCUUCCCCAAAGCACUGCAUCUUAUUAACACUGACGAUCAUGCCCGUACAGGUAUUCACUCACAUACAGAUUUAAUAGAAACCCACACGCACGUGCACAUUACGCAUAUACAUCGCUCGCACAAGGAUAAACAUGUUAAUUAAUUCUCACACUCACAGGUGUGGAUGCCUUUGUGGUGACUGAUCUCUAAAAAAUCUCAAGCGGGACAGAUCUAUUCAAGCUUGUUCAGCUAAGGGAUGUUACUUUUGGAAGUGUUUACAGCUUCACACUGAUCCGUGUCCCCCCCCCCCCAACCCACACACACACACACUCCCGAUUCUAAAGACAUUCACACACAACACAGCAUUCACCUUCCUAACAGAAGUCCCUAGAGAGAGAAAAGACACUGAAAAACAGCCACAGAUGGUGCUUCACCCCUCGAGCCUCUUGUCACAAGCCAAACUGCACCUCACCCAGCCCGCCCCAGAGACCUGUCUCACUCAUCUGGUUCUCAGAGGUAGACGGUUUCCAAAAGGCCUUUUAGCUUCUGCUAAGUUGUAGGUGUGUUUACAGAAAGCCUUACCAGUGCCCCGUCGACACCAGCGCCACACACUUCUUGCCUUAAACUCCAGACCUCUGGACCUAUUAUAACUAUUGUACCUCUGCUGUCAGCUAUUGCGCUAGCUACCUCCCUUGCUUCUGGCUGGCAAUUUGCUUUACACCUAAAGGUUAGAACGAGCCUGCUACGUGUUCAGAGUAAAUCAUAGCAGAAAGAGCUUCAUGAGCAAAGUUGUUUGUGAUGACUCUAUUUUCUUCUGGUUUGUAGAAUUGCAUGUGGCUCUUUUUUAUGUUUCCUGAUAAGUGUCACAGCGAGUGAGCCAGUGCAAUUCCUUCAGCAUGCAACAAUGUGUAAGGAGCAGCCAGAACAGCUUGUGCACUGCUGUUGGUGCAACGAGCUGCAGAUUUACAUAUUUGCCAUUUGAUUGAUAUGCCAUAUUAAUGAACUCUUCAACUCCAUAGUGAAGGCUUUACAAUCAUGUGGCACUGGUCAUCACUAGUGUUACAUACAUAUAUAGUAGAAGUGGUUUCCUCAUUUGAUCGUUGUUUCUAAUGUAUCGAUGUCUUAAAUUGUCCAACAGGAUUUGAUUUUAAAGAUUUAUUUUCCAUAUUUUCCUUUCAAGACACGUGUAUAAUUAAAUAAUCUUGGUUCAAAGAUCCAAAUGUUUUUGUUGUCUGUAAAUCGUAUGAGGGAGUGUGAUCACUUCUCAGUUAUGGUUAUUGGCUUGUCCAAAGAGAAUGAAUGGAUUUCUGAGAUGUUUACAUGAAUUCAGCAUUUGUAGGCUGGUAAUCUAGGAAGAUCGGGAAGGCAACAUUUUUCUUCACAAGAAAAUCUUCUCAGGUCAACAAUACGACACGUAUAUUAUUUUGGGGUUAUUGUUGCUUAUCACUUGAUGAUAAUUGACUUCUUUAUACCAUACCAUAUCCUUUUCUGUGGGAAAUAUGGUAAUACAAUGUCAACAUGAUGGGGAGUGGUUGUAAUAUAUCCACAGUAUAUUUCACAGUAUAUGAGACAGCCAGUCGGUCAUUGUUACUGUACUGGGAUUGUAUUCAUAUGUCUUAAAAAGCAUAAAAUGUGACACAAUUGAUCUUCAAUGUAACCAAUGAGUUCUGGUCUGUCUAAAUUCCUGCUGUCUGUUCAAUAGAGAAAGCAGUCUUUAAAGAGAGCAACCUCAAUCAACGGUUGCAAUCAAAUGCUGCUACCAUCUGUCAAGACAAUGCGGAGGGUGGGGGGAAAGUACUUGCAAAGCAACUGUACAGUCUUAUCCUAAUUUAUGACAUUUACAACUUUAAUUUCUGAACCACUUGCUUUUAAAUGUUUAUGAUCAGCUUUUGAAAUUCAGGGGACAUGGUAGUGAAUGUAUGAGAUGUUGUGCCUUUUCUUUCUGAGAUCUCGUGUGCCAUUAAAUCUUCAUAUUGUAUCUAAAUAUCAAAUAAACUUUGUCUAAAAAGUA